AGGUGGCCCGCCAGCCAGCCAUGUCCUCGCCCUCUUCCUCGUCCAGGCGCCAGUGGUGCUACCUGUGCGACCUGCCGAAGAUGCCCUGGACCGUGGUGUGGGACUUCAGCGAGGUGGUCUGCCGCGGCUGCGUGAACUACGAGGGGGCUAAUCAGAUCGAGUUCCUGAUAGCGAGCGCCCGCCAACUGAAGCGCAGCCACGGCAUGCAGGACGGCAACGUGCGCUCGCCCGGCCCCUCGCCCAACAAACACGGCUCCCUGGCGAGAGCGGAGUCCGGACCGGACGGCGGCAGGCAGCAGCACGCGGAGCGCUUCGACCGGGGAGGACGCGGAGAAGGCGGCGGCGGCGGCAGCGCCAUCCGCGUGCCGCCCAACGGGAUGCACCGCGACGGGCAGCCGCCGCAAGAGGUGAACCGCCAGAGCCCCAGCAGCAGCCGGAGACCCAUGAUCGGCGCCGCCAUCCCUCCCAACCUGGUGAGCCAGAGCAUAGCCGGGAUCCCCCCCGGGCUGCUUCCGGGCAUGCCGGCGGGGCUGACCGCCAGGACAGCGCCGAUGAGCAGCCCCAUGAUCUUCCCGGCGCCGGUGUUAGCCGAGAUGAGCCGCAGGCAGCUGGGCAUCGGAAUCCCGUCCUUCAUCACCCCGGAGCUGGAGCGGGAGCUCAGCUCCUCCCAGGCCAAGUCCCAGAGCCAGUCCGGCGGCAGCAAUAGCACCAGCCUGUCCUCCUCGUCCUUCUCCAUGGCCGGCGGCGUCAGCCAGACGAGUCCCAAGCCGGCCUCGUCUCCGGCCAGGCAGCAGCGCCCCCCGGCAGCCAGGUCCGGGGCCGAGCCUCUGGGCUCCGGCAGCUCGGCGGAGGCGGCGACCACCGCGGCGGCGUUGCCCAACAACGGGGCCUCUGAGCUGGGCUCGGCGUCCGCCAGCAGCACCCACCCGACGGGGAACGCGCUGUCCUGCACUCUGUGCCAGGAGCGGCUGGAGGACACCCACUUUGUCCAGUGUCCGUCGGUGUCAGGGCACAGGUUCUGCUUCCCCUGCACCAGGGUGUACAUCCAAAGCCGGCGGGGGGAUGGCGAGGUGUACUGCCCCAGCGGGGAGCGUUGCCCGCUGGACAACUCUCCCAACAGCCCUCCGUGGGCCUUCAUGCAGGGAGAGGUCCACACCAUCCUGGGCACCGGCUCGGCGCCGGCGGGCUCCGCGUCCGCAGCCGGCUCGGGGCCGGGGGCCGCCUCUGCGUCCGGAUCGGGGAGCGGCGCCCCGGCGGGCGGGGGCGGAGGAUCCGGAGACGUCACCGUUAAGAAGGAGCGGGAGACGUGAUGGCGACGAGGACGGAGCGCAGCGGCAGGCAGAAUUGGAUUGAGUACAAUAAGAAACGGCUACACUGGACUGCUGAGGGACCCUCAAUGGAAAGACAUCAACCCUCGAAACAGAAACGCUCCACUACACAGGCUCUAACUCUAACGCGCAGUUCCGUCUAAACGGCUGGUUUUCGUUCCUUUAUUCUCCUUCGCAUCAGUUUUCUCAGCCGGCAAAGACUUCAUAUUUCAGUUUUACUCGUUUCCACUGAAUGUAAAGACAAGCCUCAUUACAAAACCUCCAGGAACAAAAUAAAAAAGGCCUUUUUCUCAGUAAUGCGGAGAGUUUCUGACGGAUUCUGUAGGACGAGUCAACAUCUGAACGUCGGUUACGGUGGAGUGAGGUGGAACCAUGACUGACGACAUGUUAGCCAUGCUAGCUGCUGCUGGCAGACUGAUGUAGGUUAAAGCAGCGCUCUCAGUGACGCAGAGAUGCUAAUGAUCAGACCAGACCGCCACCACAGCGCGUCUCCCUGGCCUCAUGUAUAACCCUCUGCGUGCUCGGCGUUGUUAGUUUGAUAAAACUGGAAUAAAAGAACACGCAGCGGCUCAGUGUGGUCCAGUUAACGUACUGCGAUCACACCUGCAGCACCUGUCCAGUCUGGCUAAUCAUAGAUUAUUUUAUGAAUGUUUAGGAACCACAGCUUAGGAGGAAAAUCUUUACCUUCUAACUCUCUCUUUUUUUUUUAAUUUGCAUUUUCUAAAUGAAUGUUUUGCAAAAUCUCUCCCAAAUCCCCUGGAGCCGUUUAAAAUGAAAUGACUCCUAAGAAAGAAAAGAGAGCUAACGAUAGUUGGACGUUAUUUUGUUGUGCAACUGUAAAUGAAUAAGUAAGACGGAGAUUUCACUGCAACACGGUAGAAAGCAGGGAAGAGUUUUAAAAAGAGCUUCCUCACGUUUUGAUUUUUGAUUCAGCUGAAAACACCCAAAAUGAGAAAUAAUCUCACGUUUGCUGCGUUGAAGGUGUAGUUUCUCUCUGAAUCUAAAUACAUGUUUUUAACGGGCAACUAAAACGUCUCAGUCUGUACGGCUCUGCGCCGUGCCAGCAUGUCACUGAGGAACACCAGGACAUAUUUUUACUGCUUUCAGAGUAAAAAAGAAGCUAAACGUUAAAAACCAAACACCUAAACCAGCUCUGGUAUAUAAACGACUGUAAUUAAACGGGAAGUGAUAAGCAUAACGACGCGCUGACCAAUCGGCCGGUGACCGGAACGGCUGAUUUUUUUUUUUUUUUUUUUAGCUUGGCCGGCCGGCCGGUCAGCAACACUCUUCAGUGUGGAAGCUCGAGGAAGUUGCAGAAAAACCAGAGAGCCGGUCGUUUCGCUCCUUUGGGUGAUUUCAUACCCGACUUUCUGUGCGAGAACGAGACGUCCGCCACAGGAAAUCAGUUUGUUGGGAACAUUUCUUCCAAUUGCAGAAGAAGCAGAGCGAGCAGGAGCCGACCUCAGCAGAUAAACAUGGAGGCUGAACCAGUUUUGUCUUUUAACACUCGGCCUGUUGCCUGAUUAGCGCUAACCAUGCUAAUUGCUAAGGAUAAUUUAAGAGCGACUCUAAGUCAUUGGGUCUUUCGUUUUUUAAAUAUUUAAAACCUGCUUUUGUGGUGACUGCUCUCUGAUGGAGAAAGGCAAGCAGGAGAUGAAAACGACGCUGUUAAUUACAGUUUUACAGAGAAAUCUGAACUAGCUAACAUCACUGUUGAAAGGUCGGAACUUUGCAAAGAUCCCAAACGGCCGCAGAUCUUCUGGGCUCAGCGUCUCUUCUUAUUCGUGCUCGGCCUUAUCCGGCAGGAACGAUUAAAGUUUAGCCGCGUUGGACACGGCGCCGCUUCCAGGUAAGCGUCACGUUCCGACGUCUGAGAAUUACGCCGGCGAAGCUUAAACUCCAACCGACAGAAACGAAAGCCGCUGGCUGACUCAAUGCGGGCCGCUAACUAGUCACAGCGCGAGUUUGUGCGCCUGUUUUUCUUCUUUUAUUCUCCGUUUUGCGCCGGCUUUACGUGAAUGGGUGUGAAUGAGUGGAAGGGAAACGUUGGCGGUGCUGACCCGCCUCUUCACGUACACGCCAGGCCGUAUUUAACGUCGCUUACGUAAUACACACCCAGCCCACGCUUUACCCCGAAUGUAUAUUUUAAAAGAUAUGUACUGAUAGGCCUAGGACUAUAUUUUAUACUAGAAUGUUAAAUGUUAUAUACUGUAAAGAUCUGGUAUAGUAUGUAUGUGCAAUCCCUUAGUCUUAGUAUAUGCAACAGUUUAUGGAUUAUAACUGCAUAUCUCUUUGAAAACUUGUUUUUAAGGGGAGAAUCUACCCAAACAAAAUUUGACUUGAUCCAUAAUUGAGGUUUUAACGCGUUCAUUUCUGCCCACAUAUGGUGAAUGUAUUAGAAUGAUUCUCAGACGUGGUGUGAUUUAUGAAAAUGUGGCCGGCCGUCGCCAGUCCGGCGUUUAUACCGGCUUCGUGUUUUGGGUCGAUUCUCCCUUUUUGUGCAGCACACGAGCGGCCAAAGUUUGGACACACCGUCAUCAUUCGACGGCCUUUCCUUAUUUCUGUCACUUUAUAUUUUAGAUACGCAGUGAAGACGUCAGAACUACGCAGCAAAGUGUACGGACUGGCGUAGCGAACAGAAAAAGAACCGAAAACAUCUUUUCUAAUGUAGAUUCUUUUAUUUUAGACUUGUUUUGAUUACUGCUUUGCCAACUGUGCCGGUUUCCCCUGAGCGGUCGGCCUUGAAGGCGUUUCCCAGCGGUAGGAGCGGAAAUAAAGAGACAGCGUUGAAUGAGGCGUGUCCAAACUGGCCACUGGUCCUGUGUGUACCCAUCAGUGCAGACGCACACACAAACCAAAGGUAAUUUGGAGCCCAGCUCGAUGUUGCUGGUUGUAAAUGUUUAAUUGUUCGUUGACCAGGUUUGAAACGGCCCCCGUGUUCUGUUCUGUGACGGGACGUCAUCCUUUCUACUGCUCAACGUGUGGUCACCCAUAGAUUGGCUCUGUUUUAGAGAAAUAUAUUUGAGAUCAAGUACAAUAUGCACUGAUACGUAAUGCAAUCCCUCGGUAAGUGCCUUUUUCUUUUUUUUUUUAACCGUUUACCAUCUUUGUGUCCGGGAACCUCAGGGGAAGCAGGAGUGCAAUGGACUUUUUGUCACAUCAGCGAAAAACCUGAAUCAGUUUCCCUUCGAUCGCCAUCAGACGGCUUUUCCUUUUUAUCCAAAGCCUUUUGUAAAGUCCGCUGGCGUUUUGUUGUUUUCUCUGCAUCCCCCUUCUGUCUUGAGCUUCUUUUCGUCCAUGUACUUGUUUUUGUAGAGCUUUUGGUUUUACUGCAGCUUCAUGUACAAAAUAGAAACCAUCAAUAAACGGGAUGGAGACUUGUA